AAUUUGAUCUCAAUCGGGGAGGCCCAUCAAUAUCCAGAGGCUUCAAUAAAGCAGCUAAAAUCCAUCGCGACCACAGUUCUUGAGUGUUCCUCCGUCGUUCGCAGCGUUCUCCAAGGCUACCGACGUGCUCUCGAAUCGUUUGGGUCUGAUAGGCUUACUGAUCAUCUUAAUACCCUCAAUAUUUCAUCCAAAGAUGAAUCUACAAAAGUUCAACUUAAGUCUUCUCCAUCAAAGUUUGAAUCAAUUAAAAAAGAAGAAGAGGUAGCCCAUGUAAAAAUUUCCGAGGUGAAUAGGCAAAUUGCCGUUAUUGAACAAGUGGAAGCAGAUACUUCUAAGUCUUGUCAAACGACGUCUUAUCGUUCUUUGCGUAGUGCAUCUCGAAAGCGAAUCGAACGUGAUCCCCAUGGUUUGCUCUCCGUGCGUCGUCAGCAGCAAAAAGAGCAAUUUGAAUCUCUUGAGCACGCAUUUGGGAAGCAUAAACGUUCUGGACCAAGUGAUAUAGCUAAUCUGUCCGUUGAAGGGAUAUCGACUGGUGAUAGCAGUGUUUGUGAGGACGAAAAUGAAUCGAUUGUUUCAUGUGCUCUUUCCGAGGAGGGAAAAUCAGUCAUUAAAUCGGAAGCAGCCGUUGUCUCAAAGCUAACUCUAGAGGAAUUUGCCAGCUUGGUUCAGGUUGUCCUUCACUUGCCAUGUGCUCUGCCUGAGGCAGAUGAACUACAGCAGAUGGCGGUCUGUAUCGCACAUUGGCGUAAGGAAUCCAGUCUUCUUUGUCAACUUCUCAACCUGCCUACCUGCCUCUCGUCACAUUCAUCAAAGCCAGCUGUAGUUGAGACUAGACUGGAUAAUCCUUUGCACUCUGGAAUCACUGACUCAACUUUCACUUCUGAUGAUAGGUCUACUGUUACUCUCUUUUCCUCGCUCAGCCAGGCUUCCUCUAUGAAUCUGGCUGGAAAAACGGCUGAUGGCGACGUUAGCACAUCGAAAUCUUUUAUCCAUGUUUCUAAAACUUCGGGGACAACUUUGCCGCCAGAUAGCGCCGGGGUUCUUGAACGUAUGCUUUCCCUUCCCUCUACUCUUACGGAUGGGAUACCCUCUGUUAGCCAAAUGAAAUGCUUCAUGUCAUUUGCGCUGUUGAUUGAUGUUGAACUCCCAGAACUGAAGCAUUUACAGAGAGUAAGUUUGUGA